GAUGAAAGCAGGAAACAAGCCUCCGUCUACCACUACGCCAGGAAAACCAAAGAAAGCCACCACCUUCCAAGAGUUUGAGAGCAUCACCAGUGAUGCCUGGGACGUGGGAGAUGAUGAUGAUGAACUUCUCGCUAUGGCAGCCCAAAAUCUCAACAUUGAGGUUGUCAUGGAGACAGCCAAUAAGGUGAUAGAAAACCACAGCAAGCUGCAGGAAAGAAGACAGCAGCAGAUGGACAAGAUGACUGAGCCUGAUGAAAAAGAUGGACAGGAAGCACAUGAGGAAGAGGAAGAAGAGCCAGAUGAAGAGGACGAGAGAGAGGAAGGGGCCGAGAUAACAACAGAUCUGUCGUUCAGUUCAGAGACUCUUCCACUAAGUGACAACAGAAUGGUGAAGUCACACAGUGAAGCUCCUGUCGGCUCACCUAAAGAAGUGGGCAUUGAACAGGCAGUACUACACAGACAGCAGUCACUCCCGCACAGGCCUGUGAUUCCACUGGUGGCCCGCAUGGCAGAUCAGAACACAUCCGGGACUCCUGCCAUGACCCAGAGAGAGGCGUCAAGACUAGACAAGUUCAGGCAGGUUCUGGCGGGACCUAAUACUGAUCUGGAGGAGCUUCGGAAGUUGAGCUGGUCUGGAAUUCCGCGGCAGGUGCGCCCAAUCACAUGGAAGCUGCUCUCAGUAAGUGGAACAAUCUCAGCGCACAGUGAAGUCCUGCUUCAAAUGGUCAAGCUCAUUAGAGAACUACAGCGCGCAGCCUCAAAUGGCCAGGCUCGUUUCCCUUUCUCGCUAGUCCGUUCUGUCCUAACCUGCUUGUGCUCCUCUUUUUGUGUCUCUUCCCCGCAGAUUCACAUUGACAUACCGAGAACUAAUCCUCUUAUACCUCUCUUUCAACAAGCUUCUGUGCAAGAGAUCUUUGAGCGGAUUCUGUUCAUCUGGGCGAUACGACAUCCAGCCAGUGGUUACGUUCAGGGCAUCAAUGACCUUGUCACACCCUUCUUCGUUGUUUAUGUUUUUGAGUAUAUUGAGGAAGAGGUGGAAAAUUUCAAUGUUUCCAGCUUGCAGGAAGAGGUGUUACGGAACAUCGAGGCUGACAGCUUCUGGUGCAUGAGCAAGCUCCUGGACGGGAUUCAGGACAACUACACCUUUGCCCAGCCUGGGAUCCAGAGGAAAGUGAAGGCACUGGAGGAGCUGGUCAGCCGGAUUGAUGAGACGGUACAUCGCCACAUGCAGCAGUAUGAGGUGGAGUAUUUGCAGUUCGCCUUCCGCUGGAUGAACAACCUGCUUAUGAGAGAACUUCCUCUGCGCUGCACCAUUCGCCUGUGGGACACUUAUCAGGCAGAGCCUGAAGGAUUCUCUCAUUUCCAUUUGUACGUGUGCGCUGCCUUCCUGGUGCGAUGGAGGAAAGAGAUACUAGAGGAAAAGGAUUUCCAGGGUCUGAUGAUUCUGCUCCAGAAUCUACCCACAAUGCACUGGGGAAAUGAGGAAGUUAGCGUUCUCCUAGCUGAAGCUUACCGGCUGAAGUUUGCCUUUGCAGACGCCCCUAACCAUUACAAAAGAUGAGGCUUCGCCCAGCACAGUCACCGAAUAUGACGAGCCCUACUGACCUCGGAGGCGCAACUGUCUGUGAAAUGAUAUUGAACUGAAACCGUGACAUAUUUAUGGAGGUGGGGAUAUGGUCUGCAGCUGUUCCGGGAAUUUUUCCUCAUUUCUACUAAUAUUAGCACUCCGAAUGCCAUGAGUCACCCGGAUGUCAAAAUCAUGCACUCUUGAAAUACACUAAAUGUAUUCUUUUGUUGUUUUAUGCUUUUCUUUUUAAAUUUAAUCACAACCGUUUCCAAUCUUUUUUUUUUUUUUUUUUUUUCAAAGUUCAUUUAGACUGCAGGAUUCUAGGAAGUAACCGCAACAGUAGGAUGGAUGCUGGCCCAAUUGAUUCAUGGCAAUAAUAAGACAUCACUCAGAAAACAUGGUUUAUAAACAUUCACAGUAAGAUCGUUUGGCUUAAACAGCGCCUACGAACACUUAAUUGAACCUUGGUCUACCUCAGGAAGUGGCCAGAACUCGUAGGGUGUUCAUUUUGUCUCUGUAUGUGAACAGUGCCCAUGAGGCUUUGCAAUGGAGUCAAUAAAAUUUGCCUUAUUUUGGCUGUUUGAGUUUCGCGAGGCACAGGUUCAGUGAACAAAGGCAGCUGGAGAUGCAAGCUGAAGAACUGAUUAAAUUUUUUGCUUUCUCUGUUGCUCAUGGCCCUGUCAUGUUGACGUCCCAUUUUGAUAUCGAUGUAAUAAUCCGUACUGACUGUACAAUGCUGUCAUUAAUAGAUGUGUUUGGGGAUAUCAGCUUCUGACUUGACAUUUUGUCAGUAUUUGAACUGUGCACUGCUUCAAUCAUGUCAUCAGGCUUUUUAAUUUCUGUGCCAGUUCAUACAACUAAAUAUAAGUGAAACUGCACUUGAUAAGUCUAUUUUCCUCCCUUUUGUACAAGAUAUAUUCUAUGAGUCCGCUUUUUUUUAUUCUUCUUUUUUUAUAUACUGUUUACAUGAGCCUGUUAAGUUGUGCCUAACUCUAGAGAUUGAUGACAUCACAUAUUUAUUUUAAAUUCAUGAUCAUUUAGGAUGUGGCAAAGCAGAACAUUUGCCUUGACAACAUAUACUCCUGCUCUACUGGUCUCCUGUUUGAUAGGCUGUAGAAUUGAAGGAAUUUACUGUAACUGACAUUCAGUGCCUGGACAACAUGGAGUUACCGUACGAGCUACGUGGGGUGCUGGGAGAUUUUCUGGAUAACAAGCUUCUUGACUUCAAACAGAAACGUCAGAAUGGAUUUUAAAAGAGGUGUGAGUGAAAUGUUCUAAAAUGUUCUUGAAUUAAAUAGCGGUGUACAGAAUUACGUUUUCAAAGAGAUGUAAAUAGAAAAAUGUGUAAAUAAAUACUAUAUAUA